GGGGAGGCAGCAGAUUUCGAGAAGGUCGUGGAAGAGACCCAAGCCAAGCGGGACAAGCUCCUUGGUGCCAUUGGAAAUCUGGCCGCAACCUCGUUGCUCCGUGUGCCUAUUGUGACCACGCCAGCGCGGCAAGAGAAAGCCGCAGAGUCUCACCAUACCGUGCUGCCAAAGGUCCACGACACCGUUCCCGUCUCUCAAGAUGAGGACAAGGACAACAAGGCGCGGGCGAAGGUCUUGUGCAGGGAUGCCAUGAAGCUUGCUUUCCUGGUGGUUGCUACCUGGGGAGUUCCUCGCAGCUUCGAGGGCAAGACCUACCAGGCAAACGGCUUCCGGCCGCACUUCGAGCUGCUCGAGAUGAUCGGUGCCGUCGAGUUCGACGCCGGGCUUGAGGUUGCCGGCCACCGGGGCUACUUCUUGUCGGGCCCCGGUGUGCUGCUGAACCAGGCGUUGAUCAACUAUGGUCUGGCCUUCCUCUCGCAGCGCGGCUACACGCCCCUGCAGCCGCCCUUCUUCAUGAAGAAGGAUCUGAUGGCCAAAACGGCUGAGUUGGCAGACUAUGACGAUGUCUUGUACAAGGUCAUUGAAGACAAGGAGCAUCCCGAGCUGGACAAGUACCUCAUCGCUACCUCGGAGCAGCCAAUCUCCGCGUUCCAUCGAGGUCAGACGAUCGACAAGACCCGCUUCCCGCUCCGCUACGUCGGCUACUCGUCCUGCUUCCGCAGGGAAGCCGGGAGCAGCGGUCGGGAUAUUCGCGGGAUCUUCCGGGUUCACCAGUUCGAGAAGAUCGAACAGUUCGUGCUUACCGAUCCAGAGAAGUCUUGGGAGGAGCACGAGUCCAUGAUCGCCAUGGCACAGGAGUUCUACCAGAGCCUGGGCAUUCCAUAUCGAACCGUGGCCAUCGUUUCUGGGGAGCUGAACAACGCAGCUGCCAAGAAGUACGAUCUAGAAGGAUGGUUCCCAGGCGACAACGAGGGGAAGGGCAAGUACAGAGAGCUGGUGUCUUGCUCGAACUGCCUGGACUACCAGGCCCGGGCGAUGCAGACCAAGUUCGGCUACCGGCCAGAGGACCCGUUUUGCCACAUGCUCAACAGCACGCUCUGCGCGACGGAACGAGCCCUGUGCAGCAUUGUUGAGAACUACCAGGAGCAGGACGGCGUGCGAGUCCCUCGUGCCUUGGUUCCUUUCCUGCUGGGCCAGGAGUUCUUCCCUUUCGUGAAGACGGUCAAAGAAGAGCGACCUGCCGCGAAGGGCAAGGUGUACGAGGAAAGGCUCUGUUUCAAGGGCUUCGAAGCCUACCGGCUUGCAAUGGUGGUCGGUGACAGGCCUCCCCAGAAAUCGGUAGGAGGGCAGGAUCUCGCCGGCCUCAUCCCUCCUAGAGCCAUUGCUGUGCCAGGGAGGAGUCGGGUUCAAUUGGUUUGCAGUAUCCUCGCCACGUCCACGCUGGAUGCCAUGUUCUCGAAUCUGGACUUGCGGAGCAUGCGCUCCCUGCAGUCGCAGUCGCGAUCCCAGCAGCGGCUGCUAAAGUCACAGGCAUCUUUGCGGCAGAGGGCUUUGGCAUCCCAACCCGUAAGCAGCCACCAGAUCAGUGGCGCCCGGAAGGAAAUACCAGAGAACGAGGUAGAUGUCCUGAGCCGUCUGACUUUGGAAGAGCUGCAGCAGCUCGUGACAUCGCCGCCGGUUCUGGACGAAGGCGACUACCAGGCCAAGUUGACCCUUCUGAGCCCCAGCCGGGUGCCGCUAGCAUCCAGCGGUCCCAUUCAUCCACAGUGGGUCCAAGUUCACGUCUACAACCUCAGCGAGAAUUUCGUCGGUGCCAACCAGAUGUUGGCCUUUGCCGAAAGCGGCCCCGCCUUAGGCGGCGCAUUCCACGUGGGUGUGGAGGUGUUCGGAGCCGAGUGGUCUUAUGGAGUCUAUGGCAUCGCUUGCGAUCCGCCGCGUUCAGAGACGGCGCACGUCUACGAGUGCAGCGUUUACGUAGGCUCGACAGUCAAGAGCCAGAUGGAAGUUGCCGACAUCCUCCAUACGCUCUGCCAAGAAUGGCGUGGACAGGACUACGAUGUCUUGAGUCACAAUUGCUGCAGCUUUGGGCGAAGGUUCGUCGAAGCGCUUGGCGUGGGACCCAUGCCGGACUGGGUCGACCGCUUCGCGCGGACGCUGCAUGGGGCAAGGGCCGGGCUCCAGGCUGGGGGCCACGCCUUGGCGCGCUACGGUCAGCACGCCGGUGAUCGCUUGCAAAAGGUCGUGCUCGAGGACGUUCCGGUUCUCUACCGAGUGGCGAGACCCCACGUCGAGCGAGCCAUCGUGCAGACGCAGGUGUAUGUCGUGGAGAAGGGGACGCAGGCCGGGCAGGUGAUCCACAAGGCCGUGGUGCACGAUGUGCCCGUGAUGGUCGAGACCGGUGUAGAGACCGCGCGCCCGUAUGUCCAGCAGGCCGGGCAGGCUAUCCACAAAGUCGUUUGGCAUGACGUGCCGGUGAUGUAUGAAACGGCACGGCCAUAUGUGGAGGAGGCCGCCCGCGCAGCGCACAGGGCCGUGGCCGAGGAGGCCCCGAAGGCCAUCGAGGCCGUGAGGCCCCACGUGGAGCGGGCCGUGACGAAUGCAUGGCAUCACACGAGCUCUGCGGUCCAGACAGCAGGAGAUGUCAUCAGCCAGCAUGCGCAGACGGCAGCUGCCAAUGUGGCUAUUGCUGCUGAGGCGGUUCAGGAGCAGCUCUUCGGAAGCGCCAGCAGCUCCAGCAAAAGCAGCCGGAGCAGUAGCCCGAGCCCGGAAAAGCCGGAGGCCGCUUUGGAGACGAGGAAGCCGGACGCUCCCACAAGAUCCGAAACGACUGUCCAGGUUCUCACUGCGCCGAUUGAGCCAGGAUUCAGGCCGCGGACGCAGUCGCAGAUCGUGUACCCGGUCAGGGCGCCGCAGAUGGCCCCGCCGAUGCGCAUGCCUGCCCCAGCCGCCCAGGCGGCUUACGUGAUGCCAGCACAGGCCUCAUGGCAGCCAGUGACAAGGCGAUUCCCCUAA